UUUAAGUAACAACAUCAACAUGAAAUUCCUGAUUGUAGUCGCUCUGUCCAUCGCAGCGGUGUGCGCUGAGGAAGCGAAGAAAACCGAAAAGCGAGGCCUUAGCGGACUCGGCUACGGUGGACUCGGCUACAGUGGGGUUGGCGGCUACGGUGGCCACGGCCUCGGCUAUGGCGCUGGUUAUGGCGCGGGCUACGGAGGCGGACUCGGCUACGGUGGAUAUGGAGGAUACGGCGGAUACGCCGCCCCAGUAGCUGUCAGUAAAGUAGCCUACACCACCACCCACGGAGGAUACGGAGGAUAUGGUGGAUACAGCGGCCUUGGCGGAUACAGCGGCCUCGGCGGAUACAGCGGCCUUGGUGGAUACAGCGGUCUCGGCGGAUACUCCGGCUUGGGAGGAUAUGGAGGUUACGGACAUGGUGGUUACGGAGCGUCUCCCAUCGGCUACGGAGGGUACGGCUACUCCGGCGCCGGAGGAUACGGGCACGGCCUGGGAGGAUAUGGCGGAUAUUACGGACACCACUAAACAACCUCUACAUCCCUUCUUCUCAAUGUGUUCAUCUUCCAAAUCUAUUUAAUACUCGACAAAUAUCUAUAUAUACCACUUCUCAAGUAUACUACUGAUAGCAAACAUGCUCAACGUUAUAAAGUUCAAUCAAGCUACCUCGAACAUCUAUUUGAGCAUUCCUAUGCAGAUAUGAAGCUUGCUCGUCAAACUUGUAUCUGCGUUAGAAUCCAGCUAUGAUUCAAUGAAGAGUUCUCCAAGACACUAGUUAUGUGACAUCUUGGCGCCUAUUACAAUAUUUUGUAUGUGAUAAUUUCAACAACGAAUUUCAU